AUGGCUGCUGAGAGAGUGACGAGUGCAGUGAACGAGUUGAUCAAAGAGGCGGUGCUGGCAGCAGUGAGAGAGGAGCUGGCUGCACACAAGGAGGAGGUGGAUGAGCUGCGGCACAUGCUGACAGCAGUGCAGGGGGAGUUGGCGGAACUCAAGGGCACCAUGGCAGAUAGGGCAUCGGUCGGCAAGGGACGGCGGAGGACACAAGUCCUGAAGUGGAAUGUUGACGUGGAAAUCAUGCAGAGUGAAGGGGAUCAGAAGGCUGCAUGGGAGGCAAUCAAGUCAGCAUCACAGAAGACCGAACUGGAGCUGAGGAAUCUCAACUGCCUCUCAGACGCCAUGCUCGGCCAUGUCUCCACAAUGACCCAUCUGGAGAGCAUUGGCUUGGACUCUUGCUCAGGCUUCAGUGCAGAGGGCAUCAAGCACCUCUACAGGCUGCCACGCCUGGAGAAGCUAGACCUCCGCGCCUCAGACAUCUCAAACAGUGCCUUGGAAGGCAUUGGGUCCUUGACCAGCCUCACGUGCUUCUUUCUCUUUAAUACCAAGGUGACCGAUGCUGGUCUUCCAUGCUUGAUAGAUCUCCCAUCACUCACACUUUUAGCACUUAAUGAAUGUAAGGGUGUGACGGAUGCUGGCAUGGUGCAUGUGGGGAGGCUGACAGCGCUUGAUGACCUUGCUCUGAAUCUCACGGCAGUCACGGAGGAUGGGCUGCAGCAGCUAACUGCCCUGACCAAGCCGUCAACUCUCUGGACAUCAGGAAGAAGUCACUUAGGGAAGGAUAAUAUACGCAGGCGGAUAGGCAGGUAG